AUGUCGGCCCACUCGCCCUCGCCCCCCUCGUCCAGCGCCGCCGUGUCGCUCCCGCCCGCCCUCGUCGUGCCCUCGACACCGCGACCAGCACCAGCUCGCCGGGCCAAGGCCUCGGAUGGGUCCAACUCGGACGAGCUCGCACGCGCCGAGGUCCUCGAGCUCACCCUGUUUGCCGAGAAGAAGGAGUGGAUCGAGGACAAGAUCAAGUUCCUCUCGGCCCUGCCGCCCGUCGACGUCGUCUCGCCCGAGCCGCCUCAUCCCGCCACAGCAACUCGCGCAGAGCUCGACGCGUGGUGGGCCGAGCACGACCGCAUCGAGACCGAGGUGGACGAGUACGACAUGGGCGACCUUGCGCGCAUGAGACAGUUCGCGCGCGACAAGAGCAAGCAGGCGCUGUCGCCUCGCGACACCGACCUCAUCGAGAUCACGCUCACGACCCUGUUCGCCGUCGACCGGCUCCUGCACCUCUUGCGACAGAGGCGCAAGGCGCUCACGCUCCUCGGUUACCGUCUCCAGUGGGAGGACGCGGUCUCAACGGCCUGGGCGGCGCAGCGGCAGAUCAUCGCCGACCUCUCGACCUUCCUCGCCAACGCGGCAUGGGCACUACCGGCGUCUGCCGCUCCACGUCUGCGCCAGCCGUUCGACGACGCCGCCUCGCUCUCGACCUCGCCUUCCCUCUCCUCCCUUUCCUCCCUCGCCUCGUCCCGAUCCCUUUCCCUCCUCGUCGCACCCGUCACGUCAUCUCCAACCACGCCCUCACUGCGCGCCUCGACGCGGACGCACCUCGUCACCCUCCAGCACUCGGCCCUCUCGACCCUCGCGCACCAGCUCCACACGUCCCUCGUCCCGGCGUCCGCCACCGCCCUCGACAAGCUCAUCGACGCUUCGCCGCAAUCGCUCCCCGAGCCGUUCCUCGACGAGCAGGACCGCCUCGAGGCCGAGUGCAGCACCGCCGCACGAGGCCUGCGCGAGUUCCUCGACGGCGUCAGCGCGCAGCGCACCCAGGCCGACGCGCUUGCCGCCGACGCCGCCGCCGUCUCGACUCGCGUCGUCGCUGCAGCAGGCGAUCGCGCCGUGCUCGCCGACCUGCGCGCCGUCGCCCUCCCGGCACUGCACGGCGCGCUCGCGCGCCUGCCCGUCCCGACGCACGCGCUCGCGCCUGCGCAGCGCGCAGCGAAUGCCGGCGCGCGCUCGGCGCUCGAGGGCCUCGUCGACGCGGCGGAGGAGGCUGUUGUGCGGGCCGAGGGGCGCGCGAGGGCAAGGGCUCGGCUCGACGAGGUGCAGGGGCAGGCGCAGCGGGCGCGAGAGCGGCUCGAGGCGAUCGAGGCCCGUUGGCGGGGCCUCGUGCACGAGUCGCCGCACGGCGUCGUCGAGUCGGCGAGCGCGCCGCAGGAGGAGCGGGACCGCGACGCGGCGCUCGAAGCGCUCGAGCCCGAGCUGCGCGACGCCGUCGCCGACGCGCGCGCCGUCCAGCCCGACGCAGCGCGCGUCAUCGUCGCCGCGCGCGAGGCCGGCGUGCCGCGCGAGCUCGUCAAGGCGGUUCGAGGGGCGGCAGAGGAGCUGAGCGCGCUCGUCGGCGAGGUCGAGGAGCGGGUCGAGGCGGAGCAGAGGUGGCGGGAGGGCAGGGAGGCGGCGAGGGAGGUCCUGCGCGCACUAGCGCGUGCGAGGGAGCGGGUCGAGGAGGGCGUGCGGGCGUUGACGGACGAGGCGAGGAGAGCGAGGUGGACCCGGGCAGCGCCGGCGGACGACGAGGCGGCAUCGCCGCGUCGACCUGUCCUCGACAACGUCCGCGUCGCGCAGGACGCACUGCUCGUGCCAGUACUCGCGCGAGUCGACGCUCUCGCCGCCGCCGGGCAGCCGCCGCCGCCGCUCGCCUCACCCGCAGCGGAGCUCGUCGCCGCUCUGCGCGAGGACACGACCGCCGCCCUCGAGUCGCUCGAGCGCCUGUGCGGCAGAGUCCUGGCGCAGAAGAUCGCCGUACGGGCGCUCGACGUCGAGCUCGGCGUCGUCGAGGGCGACCUCGCUCAACUCGCCGUCGAGGUCGAGGCGCUCCGGCCCGGCGCGCCCUUGUCGCCGCUCGAGGAGCGCCUCGCCCAGUGCGCCGCCUCUCUCGAGCGCGUCACGUCGUCGGCGCACGCGCGAGUACCACUCCUCGCCGGCCCGGCGCCUGCAGGCGGCCGCCCCGAGCCGCCCUUCGACCUCGCCGAGCAGGACGGCGCCGUGCGCUCGUACGUCAACGAGCGGUGUGCGCGCGCGAGUGGGUCGGUCGACGAGGUGAGAAGGAGCUUGUGCGAGGUUGAGCAUGGGAGGGCGGUGGCCGCUUGGGACGAGGCGGUCGAGCGGCUCGAGCGCGAGGUCGCCGCCAUCGAGAAGGAGGCGGAUCACCCGGACGAUGCAUCCUUUGCAGCCCACCUUUCGCGCCUCGACACCCUCGCCGUCACCGACCUCCCGUCGACCACCUCCUCCCUGUCGCACCUCCUGUCCGACCCGUGCGCCACCUCCCGUCGCUUCGCCACCUCGCACGCCGACCGCCAGACCCGUCUCGACAAUCUCGCGGUCAGCUUCGGCGCUGCGCGCGAAUCUCUCGUCGCCGCGCAGGCCGAGCGGCGCGCACAGCGGGCAGCGCUCGUCUCUGCCCUCACCGACCGAGCCGACACCUUCAUGGCCAUCGUCGGCGACGCAAAGCGCGCACGCCUCGACGGCGAGGGUGUGAGCGAGAUGCUCGCCUCGAGCAGCGCCGCCUUGCUCAAGUCGGCCGACCUCGCCGAGCACUCGGCGCUCGACCGCCCCGCGCUCGAGCGCCUCGAGCGCAGCCUUGCGAGCCUGCGCGAGCGCCAGACCGAGACGAGCGCCGCCCUCGACGCGCUGCGCGAGCAGGUCGCGAGCUCGUCGGCCGAUGUCGAGGCCCGGGCGGCCGUGUCGGCAGCCGAUGCCGCCGCCGACUCGGGCCGCGUUGCCCUGCAGGCGGUCGAGGCGGCCGUCGGUCGCGUGCAGGAGAUGAGCUCGAGUUGGGCGUCGAAGCGCGACGAGGUGUUGCGGGACCGGCGGCGCGAGGCAGUCGCAGCACCCGCAGCCGCUGCCGUCGCCGCCGUCGCACGUACUGCCGACGCUCAGCGCAGCCGCAGCCCUCCUCCUGGGCCUCGAGCUGUCGGCGGCGGUGCCGCAGGCGUGCAGGUGCUCGUCACCGCGUCGUCGGCGAGCGUGCCGGAAGAGCCGCCCUCAACCCCGACCUCGGCAGAGCCGACGGCGCCCAUCGUCGUUCCGCCCUCGUCGCCCUCGCCGUCGUCAGGUCGUCGACGAUCGCUCGGCUCGCUCAGCCCAGUCGGUCUCGGCCCCGACGAGGGCGCAGCCGACGACCCGUUCGGCUCCGCUCCUGCCGCACAAGAUCCUUUCCACCUCGACUCGCCGGGCUUCGACGAGCCGGCUUCGGUCGUCCACCUGCGCCAGUGCAUGCAGAAGGCAACUGCGCACGAGUGGCUCGACGCCGACGCCGUGCUGCAGCUCCCGAGCGCCGCCGACGCCCACGAGGUCGAGCAGCUCGUCGCACGUUGCCGCGCCGACCUCGACGACCUCGAUCGACUACCGCACGAGCGGCUCCUGUGGACCGACCUCGACGCGCUCAAGGCCGAGCAGCAGAGCAAGGAGACGGCCGCCGCGCGAGUGAGCGCGCUCGCGCGGUUCGCCGAGCGAGUUGCGGCGGCCGAUCUCGCGCUCAGCGACCUCCUCGUCGCCGUCGACGCUACCACGCCCGCCGCAUGUGCGCCAUCGCCUGAGCCUGGCUCGACGCCGGCCCUGUCGCUCGCCGAGGCGCUCGUUGCCGCCAGCGAGGCGGUGACGGCCGUGCGCGUCGGCGCCAUCCCGGUCGUCGACGACGCUCGCGUCGCACGAGCGAUCGAGCGCAUCGAGGAGAGCUGGUCCGAGCUCCUCGGCCUCGUCGAGGACGUGCGGCCGCGGUCGGGCUCGACGGCGUCCACCUCGAGCUCGUCAUCCCGUCACCUGACGAGGGGCACGGGCCCGUCUGCGGUACCUCGCACGCCAUCUCGCACGUCGCAGGCGUCGAACAGCAGCUUGAGCGUCUCGUCGAGGUCCAGUUCUCGCACGUCGUCGUUGGCCUCAACUCGCUCGCCUCGCCCCUCGAGCGGCACUUCCUCCGCCCGGCACGAGACCGAGAGCGGCUUCGGCGCCCCGCAGACGCCGCGCUCGACAAGGAGCAACCACGGCAACGCGACGCGCGAGACGUCGACGUUGAUCCGCCGCCGCCAGAGCGCGCUCCCGGCCACGACACCUCGUCGUGCGCCGUCCACGGCUCAAAGGCCGACAUCGACCGCCGCGCACCCGUUCUCCUUCGACACGCCUGUCCGCGGCCGUACCGCCCAGUCGACGUCGACGCCGUCGACCGCUCCUCGUCGCACCCUCGCCGCCUCGACUCGUCGCGAGAGCUCGACCCGGAGCACCUCGGCUCCCCGCACGAGCCCCUCCUCGACCUUGAGCGCCUCGUCUAGCGGCCUCUUUUCCCCGCAAAAAUCGCACACCCCGUCCAGCAGCUCGACCCGAUCGUCCUUGCGCCAGUCGACCGCCUCGACCGCCUCGACCCGCACGGCCAGCAUCGCCUCGUCGCGCUCGAGCACCAUCCUCAUGCGCACGCCUCAGCCGAGCAUCAAAGCGACAUCGCCGCCGUCGAAGCGCAACGCCAAAGCGCAGCACUACAGCGCCAACUUGGACAACAAGCUCGACCGCGAGGUCGGCAGCAUCAUCAACGCGCUCCCGCAGCACGUCCAGAUCCCGAUCCGCAUCGCCGAGGGCAAGUGGACCGACGAGAGCGGCGUCUACAACAUCGGCGGGCGCCUGUACUUCUGCAGGAUCCUGCGCAGCAAGCAGGUCAUGGUCCGCGUCGGCGGUGGAUGGCUCAGCCUCCUCCAGUUCCUCAUCACCCACUUUGGUCAAGUCGACGGCCUCACGAUCUCGCCUUCCUCGUCUCUCUCGAAGAACCUCGGCUCGAGCAAGUCGCAGUGGGUCGCCGCCGACAGCGUGCGCAACCAGCUGGCCGCCUCGACGUCGGGCACCUCUUUGCGCGACCUCCUCGCGUCGUCCGUCUCGAGCACCGCCCUUUCCGACCUCGCGUCCUCCGCCUCGGCCACGCCGCUCCGCCAAUCGCUCAACAGACACGUCGAGGUUCUUCCGAGCCCUCGACGGCCGCGAGGCAGCGACAUCGGGCUCAACAGCGUGCCGCCGUCCGGGCCCCGUUCAGCAGCUCCGCCGACACCGCGUGCGCCGAGGACGCCCCGCCCGCCGGUCCCGAUCUGGCGCCCAUAA